AAAUAGAGGAAGCACACUCUGUAAACACGGUAGAACUUUCAGUAUUUAACUUACAGGAGUAGAUGGUAAUUUGUUGUUUACCAUUUUGGUGACAAUGGAGAGGAGCGUGGAGACAGUUUCAGCCAUUAAAGCUUUAGGGUACCCGGGCGGGUCCUGCCUCACGUGGUGUACAUGUGAUGAGCUCCCCUGUCCGCUGCUCACCUGGCUGUCUGCAAAGCUGAGGUCCACCUGUCCUGAGCUUCAAGACUCGAGUAAGACAGGCAACGUCUUGCUGGUGGGAGAGCUGAGAAAUUUACUAUCAAACAUGUUCUCUCCCAUCACUGUGCUGACAUCAGAGGUACUGGAGCCAUCAAUCCUCAACAGAGUCACUGACUUCCUUGUAUCAGAAUUGCAAGCAGCUUGCAUGAUCAAGCAUAAGGAAUUGCAUCCUGAGGAGAAGACGACGGGAGAUGGUUCUGAAAAAGAGCAGAGAGUGGGAGAUCACAGCCACCAGCUCUCUGAGUUUUGUAAGGAACAUAAAGAUGAUGAUGUUUCUGACAAAGACCAGAGGAAGGCUGAGAUGCAGGCAGAAUGGAUAUUACUACUGCACGCCCUUGACAUGGACACCUCCUCUCAAUUUGCAGAUAUGCUAAGUGAGGUGGAAUCCAGGCUUGCCCGUCUACCACAUGGAGGCAUGAUGGAUCCUCUUCUUACCAUCAGCCUCAGCACAGAGCAGUGGAAGCAAGUUAAGAAGAUAAGUGAACUUCUGUCAAAGGACUAUGAGUGUCGGUGGCAAAUGAUGAUCAAACGCUUUCAGGUUACACUUGAGUCAUUUGCGUGGGGAGAGAAACAAAAGGAGCGCAGUGAAGCACUUGCCUCAGUGCCUCCUCUUGCAUCCCUCACCACCUCCUGCCGAGUGUCCGUGUCUCACCUGCUUGCUGCCAGAGAGGAUCAAUCCUUCAUUGCGCCAAUAAAGGCUGGAGCAAGCACCCCCGUGUACAAGACACGAAUGGGCAGUGUACCUGACAGAGGAGGUCGACCAGGGGAAAUUGAGCCACCUAUGCCGACAUGGCAAGAGCAAAGAGCGAAAGGAAGCCGAUCGGGACGAGGAAGUGGACACCAUCAACGGCGUAAAUUUACAAAUAAGAAGAAAGGGAAAAAAGACUAACAUGUCUUUAUCUUUGGCUUUACUGCUUAAUUUGAGAAAUCAUUUUCUUUUAUUUAAAUACUUAGUAUAAAAUAAAAUAUGGCUGUGGAAUGCUACAUGGAAUUUAAUUUUAUAGUCAUAAAUGUGUGUUUGAUUUUUAGUUUUAUUACAUGGGCAUACCUGACCAUGUAUAUUUCUAAAAUGGCUAUUCAUAGCUAUAAUGUACUGGUAUGUGACCAGAUAUUUUUGUAAGAUUUUUGUUGAUCUGAAAGAAGAAAUCUGAAAAAUUAUACUUUUUUUGUUGGCUUUGUUUGCACAUCCAUAGAUUUAGGUUUGUUUACUCAGGAAUAAACCUAUGAAAC